GAGGAAAUAAAAACGCGCCCCGAUCUUCCGUCCGCUGGCCGAGUCCGCUGAAGCUGUCGCCCGCAGGAGGCUGCGGCUACUCGCGUAAACUUUCCCUCUCUUUUUGUUUCCCCCCCCAUCCACCCCCUCAUCCCCCCCCCCCACCCUAAGGCUCAUCUUCCUUCAAACAUUCCCCUCUGCCUUGCCGCCCUCGUCCCUCCUAUUCAUCUUCGACUCGCCGACGCCCGAAGAUGCGCGCCCUGCUCGCCCUGCUGCUCGCGGCGGCGCUCGCCAUAGCGACGCCCGCGACCUCGCAGCCCCAGGCGGAGGCAUCUCUGAGCCCCUACACUAUGGACGAUGUCAUCUACCUGGACACACAAGGAGGGGCGUCGGGCCUGGGCUCGGACGACGAGGUCGGCGAUGACGAUGACGAUGCAGAGGCAGACUACGGCUCCGGAUCCGGCUCCGGCCUGGUCUCGCUGGAGGACGUGCUGAGAUAUUCUUCGCAGGACAAAGUGCGCUACCCAGCCACACUGCCCAGCGAGCAGCUGGCCACCACUGUUCGCUACCAGAACACGCACGCAGAGCCCCGGGCACAGCCCGGCCGCGUCUCCGUCCAACUGCAGGCCGAGCCCCCGGCGGGGACGCUGGGCCCGGUGAGCGAGGCCCCGGCCACGGAGUUGGAGGAGGAGGAGGAGGAGGCAGCGGCGGUAGCAACGACGGCGAGGACGAGCCCCCCGCCCCCGCCGCCCCCUCCCCAGCCCCCCGCCCGUGGGAACGCCGCCGACUCGGAGGAGACGGAGGACGGUGACGACGACAACGAGGAUUACGACGAGGAGACGGCGACGAGCACGCCACUGCCUCCGAACCGCCCGGUGCCGCCCGGACCCCGCGAGCAGCCCGCGGAGGCCACCUCUGCUGCGGCCACCACCGUCUCCUCGCCGGACGACAACCGAAUUCCCGAGGGGAGGGGCAUCGGGCGGGCCGGCGACGAGGUGGGCGACAUCGGGGACGACGGCGGUAACGAGGUGGGCGACGGGGACGAGGUGGACACUAACGAGGUGGGCACGCCACGCACCGGCCGGCCACGCCCCGAGGAGCCCGUCAACAACGAGGUGUCGGCUCGCAAAACGACGGCAGAGAGCCUCCUGGAGCGCACGGAGGUGCUUGCAGCGGUGGUGGCCGGCGGCGUGGUGGGGCUGCUAUUCGCCGCCUUCCUCGUGCUGCUUCUCAUUUACCGCAUGAAGAAGAAGGACGAGGGCUCGUACGCCCUGGCCGACACCAAGGAGCCGGUCUUCCAACCACCACCCGCCAAGGAGUUCUACGCCUAGCGCACGCGCACAUCAACACUCGCACGCACGUUCCUACACUCGCAUCCUCGCCCACACGUACAACCGCAUUCCCGCAUUCUCUCUCGUUACCAAGGUACUCUCGCACGGCGGCGCUGGCCAAUUCUCCUCGGCCUACGCCACUCGUGUGUACACACGCAUACCUCCUUCCCGCGUGCACUAAGAACACGAGCACACGACACUUGCCAGCGUUUCACGAAAACGGGACUUGUUGAAUAUCGGCCUCGGCAAAUCUUCCCUCCAUUUCCCUCUUUCACUGGGAGUCGGCGCUGGUUCAGCGAUUAUUCCCACCCAUAGAGGGAGCAUGACUCGUGUAGGCGAGGAUCCAAUGCUUGGAGAGAGCCUCGGUGGGGGGGGGGGGGGGGCAGGGUCCCCCCCUCCCCCUUCGAUUACCAGCCUGACCGCUUUGGAUCGGGUGAACAAGACUAGAGCUGCAACCGUUCAUUUUUUGAGUCUCACUAGGUCGGCUUCAAAAUCGUCAGUCUUUGCAGGAAAAUUUAUUUAGUCGAGGUAUACGGUUUACACGGUGUCUUGAGCUAGCAGGCAUGCCACCCACAGUUGCAGUUACUGAUGAUCGAUACAGAACCCUCAUCUCAUUGGGGGUGCCUUACUGCAGCUCACAGUCUCUGCCCAUGCAACUAUGUGGCACAUACUCAACCCAUGCAAAUAACUAUGGAAAUGCCUAAUAGAGUACAACAAACGUGUAUAUACUGUACCAGUCGUUCACGGCUAAUCGAUGGCAACAGAGCUCCCGGUCGGUGGCGCGAUUGGUCGUUAUUUGCAGCUCUAAUCGCGAGUCGAUCUUUUUUUGUCGGCUCAUCUCUUAAUCAUCCAACAGUGCAGCUCCGUGAGUAACAACAGCAAAAAGAGGUUUUGCGUACGACGUAGCACAUUCUAGCAGCGAGCACAAUAAUAGCCUCGGAGCUGUUGCGAAUCGGCGGUUCAUUCCAGGAAGGAUGGCAAUAAAAUAGCGACGAAUCCCUCCGUAGGCGGCGUUCACCCCGGAGGUGGGUGGGGACACGGGUGCGUUGUUGUGGCGUGCGGGUUGCCACGCACGUUCAGUGGGAGUGCGUUUGUGAAUUUGGGGGGGGGAUGAAGGGAGUUUGGGAUUUUUCCACCUGGUUUGCUGACAUUUGCGCAGGGGCGCACGAAAAUUAACCGUGUUUUUUUUAUCGUGGGUAAAGCUGAAACAACGAAACUUGGGAACAUUAUUAAACUCUCAAACUACACGAAGAUCGUUCGGAAGUGGAGGUGUAGCACAAAAACUGGAUUCUGCAGCGACGAUUGUCAAGUUUGAAUCGAUACCUGCGAUAAGUAACGUCUUGUACUUUGGCUGAACUCUUAACUUUGGCUCGGACAGUAGCCCAACCGCUAGCACUAAACACAUCCUUAAGCCCUAUUGCCACUAAGCCCAGCCAUAAUCCUAACUGUCACCCCUAAACACGAUCCAUAACUAUAAUCCCUCGCUUACACUCAUUUGCUGCACCUCCCUUUAGUGGUAAAUAGGGUUGCCACCUCUGGGAUACAACAAACCGGGACAUAUGGGAAGAAGAACAUCUCGCACUAGCAAAGGAUAGGAGAAAAGUACACGUGGAACACACCUGCCUUGAGCGGUGUAUUUCGUAAUAAAAAAAAAACAGGACUUUUAAUGUCGUUGGAAGACGAGCAGAUUUCCCAGGACGGCCGCCUCAACAAGAGGAGACGAUCCUGGUGGAAACCAGGACAGGUGACAACCCCAGUGGGGAAAGUGAAGUACCCGUCCCUCCCAUUGCCUGUAAUUUAGAAUCGUCGUCGUCGUCGUGUCCGUCCAAGCGGCUCGUGUCCGCAUAUCAUUUCCUCUCGAUACAUAUAACUUUCGUUCGUUAAAAACUAAAAAAAAUACACAUGUUUUUAUGGUGCUUGAAAUGUGUAACAUGGGGGGGGGGGGGGGGGGGGAAUCGAUCAAUACUGUAAACACAUCAUCCGGUGUAAUGAAGGCUCCACAGUCGCGAGUCACUUGACGUGGCAUGGGAACGUGGCAUUUUGAUCUGGUUUUCUAUAUUUCACAUUUGGGGAAGGUGAGAGUUAGAUGCUGAUGCAACUAAUUUGAACUAAAAAUAACCAGGUCAUUUAAAUGCCACAGCUGCUUUUGGGCUGAGCCCCUUUUGAAGGAUUCUGCAUUUUUUUUUUAACAAAAGUUACCAGUCGACUUUUUGUUUUUGGUUAAUGCAUUUCAGGAGGCUCGCUACUUUGGUACGUUGGUCAGCAUUUGAGGUAUUGGAUCUCAAAAAAAAAUACAUAAAACUCUGCCGAGAUGAGAAAUGUUUGUGCCGCGCAGCCCAGCCGAUGGGAAUAGGGAAUGCUCAUCCGCUCAAGGAAGAUGUUAUAGUCAUAUCUGACAAUAUUUGUCCUGCGCUGGUUCCUCUUGACCAGAGGCCCCACAGUUUUGUAGGGGAGGGAUAAAGAUGUUUCUAUACAGCCAGCAGUAUAGCAGGGAUAAAACUACACUGAUGAUUCUUGGUAAACGUAAAAGCAAUUUAUAGCGGCCACGUUGCUUUUCUUACCUUGCAAUUGACACAGGUCGUUCUUCAGCCUCGGCAAGCUCACGCGUUAGACCAGGCUGUUUGGCACCGGGCAUUGUCUUCGGGUUGUUACGAUGUAACGAUUCAGCCAGUCGUAUAAACCCAUAUGUACGCUCACGAUAAAUUAAUCGAAUUGUGUGUUCAAUGUCGGUGGCUCCCAACACGUGGUCCACUAAACCAUCAGUGGGCUUCAAGACCCAUGGCACGUUCGUCCGUGGAACUUUUGCAGAUAGGAUAUUUGUUUCGGAAAUGCACGGUGUUUUAUACCACAUGUUGGUCUGCAAAAAGUUGUCCUUGACAUGUCAAAGUUUGGCCCAAGGGUCCAGAAUGGUUGGGAACCACCGUUCCUGUAUAAAGUAUCACACGACACUACCAUUAACCAUAACGUUUAAACAACAUUGUUAAAUCUAAUCGCGAUCCUGAGUUGUGACAAUGUGUUGCACAUACGGAUCGCUUCAUCGCUACCGUGUAUACCUCCCCCACCCCUUUAGGGUCGUGUGUGUGCGUGUUUCUCUCAGCUGUUCGGCCCAAACAUUUAUACCUCGGAACAGGAUGCUUCAGUCUACGGACGUUGUUUUUCCACUGGAUGGGAAUGUUCAUUGGCUGGAGAUGUCUUCUCAAUGUUAUCGGUGUAGACGAGACCGUCUUAUGGUGCAUUUCAUAGGCUCAUUGGGUGGACUGAUGCGCCCGGCUUGUAACGCUUAAGGCUCCAUCCAGUCGCCAAGUUUGUACGAUGACCUGCGCAGUUAUGGCUCAUUGCAUGGACUGUACCGGCCAGCUUGUAACACUAAAUACUGUAUCAGAGACUACUUGAUAAUGUACAUGCAUCUGAGGCUCACUGCGUGGACUCACUUGGCUAGCUUGUAAUAUUAAUAUUGUAUCAGACUGAUUUCUUCUUCAGUGUGCGUUAGAAGCUCACGUGGACUGGACUGCUCAGAGUUUUCUUCAUUGUAAUUUAUAGUGAUUGGUACGUUUGUAAGAUUAUCAUAUUUUUUUUUAUAUAAUCUGUCUUUAAUAUCACUGAAAUAAUUGAUGGUAGUGUUAUUAUAUAAUAAUCUGUUUAAAAAAAUCCUCUUGUUAUUUUACUAGAAAAGUUAGUGUUUGGCAAGUUCAAGUUAAUCACGGUUUCUCUUUCGAAUGAACAGUUCAUAAUGAGACGAUACGCAUUAUUAGGCCAAAACGUUUGAGAUGGAGAUUUUUACCCAUUGCCAUAUUAAAAAAUAAAUCUCAACACUUUGAAACCCAUUGUUCCAUUUCCAUGGCAAUAUUCGGUUGCUCUCAUUGCCUCCCAUGGGAAACAAUUGGCCUAAUUGAACACAAAUUCAAGUGUACUUCAGUUAAACAGUUUGCAAAUUGGGAUGUCCCUGCUAUGAUCUAAAUUGGGUUGUUGGAUUGCAUUUGUUUACAUGCAACCUAAUAAUAACAGGCUUCGACGAAGUUCUGUAGCUUCUGACAUCGGUUUUCAAUUGAAAAAGCGAUGUUAAACUCAAAGUCGCUCAUUCUAAAUUUCGGGCAGACACGUGCGUGGUUUAGUAGUGGUCGGCACGCUUAGUUCGAAACGUGACGGUUCAAUCCUCGGCACGGCCAUCCGGUAAUGGAUCUGCGGAGCGUUAAUAUCGAGCAAAAAAGAGCUCCCGUUUAGCUACGAUUUCGAUACCGAAAACAUCUUCAAUAAUUCUCAGUAAGAAGAUCAAUUCGCCUAACCCAAAUUGACAAAUGAGUUGUUUUACUCCUAUCCCACUUGUAACGGAGAUGGGAGAUCUCUCGACCCUUGAUCAAGUUAAAGAACAUCAAUCGAUCAACGCAUAUGAAUCUUGCUAUGGCCAUUGCGAUUGCUAGAAUGUAUCGUCUUGCCAUGUAAACAGUACGCUUGUCUUUAUUAACGGAGUUUUGUAGUUGACUUAAGAAAUUAACCAGGGGGCUUGCACACCCAUGUAAUCACUCAUAAAUUAAUGACAUAACAUGAUGCAAUUAGGAGUAAUAACAUUUAUAACUUAAUUACGGUUUAUAUUUAAGAAUGUGCGCGUUCAGUGACGUUGCUGCUGUUGUUUUGGGUUCUAUUUGUUAUAUUUUUUAAACUGGCAAAAAUUUCCACUUUGCGCAAGUUUCUGUUUUGGGAAAAGCAAACUAUGCUCAAGCUCGAGGCAUUGCAAGAUACGUUGUGUACAGUAGUCGGGUUUACGAGGUAUGGGUGAGCUUUUAAAACUUGCCAAUUUUUUCUACCCUAAUUUCUGGAAAAGUGGUCGUUUGGCAGCAGUUUGCCUAUAAAAUAAAAGUGAAGCCUUAUGGGCCGGUGAUUCCCCCCCCCCCCCCCGUGAAUUGCAUAAGACCGGUUUACGAGGUACAGCCAGUGACUAUAUGAUGAUUAUGAUGAUGAUUUGGGAAUGAUUGUAUGGCUAGAUCUUUAAUAGGGGUCAUCCGUGAAUUCCUCUGACAUCGCGUCGUCACCUUGCCGUUUUGUACAUUUUUCGGGCAGAAGGAUUGAGUGGCUUUAAAAUGAAGAUGACACGGUGUUAAACAUCACCUGUCAUGAAGAGGUGGGGACCUGCCUUGUGAAUGUUAACAUUGUGGUGAGGUGGCCAUGCACGUUAUAGUCGGGGCUUCAUUUCAGACAGGGUCUGGGUUGGCGAUCCGGAACAUAUCAUCACCGCACUUGGCACACACUACCAACAUCCAGCAUUCCGCUCGCUCUGUCUGCAGCUAUUGGUUACACAUCUGCUCCAGUCUACCAACGACCCGGAAAUGUAUCCAGUUCGACACAAAUCCCUGGUUAAAAAAAAUGGUCAGGUACCAGCCUCAUCUCUAGCUGAUUUACAAUGUUAUUAACGGUGAGAGACCACUCAAACUGUGUACAAUCACAAUUUGUGGGGAGAUGAAUCCAUACUGGAUAUUAACAAGCUUAUGUUUGAUCGUUUGAAAAGUUCAGAAGAAUGUUUGCAACUCCUCGUGGCCAUUUUUGCCAGUUCAUAGUAUAAUUUUAUUUUUUUCCAGCGGAGAACUAUUUAAUUUAACGGUACCGUGUAUACGUGCGAGUAGCCGAGUUACCACUCGGCACUGCUCACUACGCCACACUACUACUAUAGGGGUACGGUACAGUUAACGUGAGUCAGGCUCUGUGACUUGAUCUGAACAUAAUCUCGUUUGGAAACAUUUUGAUCGUCUUGUAACGCAACACGCUAUAUAAGUGGUAUAAUAAAAAAAAAACUUUUUUUUUAAUUUGUUUUUCUAA